AAAAAGGCUGUGAAAUUCGGGGUUGUUGCUGGUAUCAAGUUAUGGCCAGAAGAAAACCAUUGAAGUCAAAGAUUGAAAAUGACACACAAGCACCUGUAGACGUACCAUACUGUUUCUACCCAAGGAAUUUCCCAAGUUAUUUAGUAGAUGAAAGAAAUGAUACACCAGUUGGAUUGAGUAUUAAACUAAAAGGAAAACCUCCAACAUACUAUCCUAAAGGUGUAAAACAACUGGCUGUAGAUGUUUCAUUUGAGUCUAAUCAAAGAUUACAUGUCAAGAUAUUUGAUCCAUUAAACAAGCGUUAUGAGGUACCAUUAGAUGUCCCAAAGUGUAAGAAGAAAGCUACAGAACCUGUGUAUACAGUCACCAUUAGUGAACCAGGAUCGCCUUUCUGGCUUAGCGUAACAAGAACAAGUGAUCUCACUAAUGUGUUUUCAACAAAAGGAGCAGCACCAUUGAUUUUUACAGAUCAAUUUCUUCAACUAUCAUCUCUACUCCCCUCAUCAUAUAUUUAUGGUAUUGGUGAACAUAGAAAUAAUCUCAUGCUGAAUGUAAACUGGACUAGAAAAACACUGUGGAAUUUAGAUCAAAUUCCUGAGGAGGAUUUAAAUCUAUAUGGUUCACAUCCAUUCUAUCUUGUGAUGGAAGAGAAUGGGAAAUCUAGUGGAUUCUUUCUCCUUAACAGCAAUGCUAUGGAUGUUGUGUUACAGCCAUAUCCUGCCAUUACCUGGAGAACAACAGGUGGAAUUCUCGAUUUCUACAUUUUCAUUGGUCAGAAUCCUGCUGAUGUCAUGAAAGAAUACACCAAUGUGAUUGGUCGUACAUUUAUGCCACCAUAUUGGAGCCUUGGAUUCCAUAUUUGUCGAUUUGGUUAUAAGUCUGUAAAUGAUACAAUGAAAGUUGUUAACAGGGUUAGAAAAGCAGGAAUUCCACAG